AGUAGUAAAUUCGAAGUCUCUUGUGUUAUCCUGUAAUGCCCUUGAACUAAAGGCCAGAAUGGCGUGAUGACAGGUCGCCAAUGGUUGUCGUGUCUUGCCUGCUUGCGCGAAAAAACAAGCCAACAGUCAACACAAUGUGCAGUCACACUUCCCUGUCACAUGUCACGCUAAACUAUCUAUCUAGGCUGUGGCGUUACUCUCAACACCCUCUCCAACGAUGUCUAGCAGUCCUCUGUACAAUCUCAACAAUACCUAUAAUCGAUGGAACACGAUGGAAUGAAGGAAUGAAGAAGUGCCUCCGCAUGUACCCGCCGAUCCGAAAAAAGAUGACACCCCCAAGGGACCUGACAUUUAACGGACUUAACGGGUCCACGCUGCGAACACAAAUACACCCAAACCCCCAUGCCACAAGUCCCGGAGAUCUUCUCCAGAAUAACCGAAUCCAACAAACUGUUUCAUUCACCAAGACUACAAAUACCAAUCUAUUAGUAGUCUCCGUGGCGAUCGCCAAGAUGAUGGUCCGGAUCGUUACGAUUUGGUAUGGUCGUCGUCCCUCUCAGGGUGUGGCUACCUUGUCGAAUAUCCUACAUAUCUGUAAAUCCAUCCCCACAAGAGCUUGUUUUUUCGUCUUCCAAAGAGCCCCAAGUCACUGCUUGCUGUCAAAUUCACCGCCUUACACAUAUCGAUCCAUUUAACCAGUGCCAUCCGACGGUCCUAGAAUAAAGCCAAGAUGAUUCGAUAUCUAUCACAUGCUGAGCAACAAUAUCGGCACUUCUCUGGCAAAACAAACCAAUUUACUUUUUCUGUUCUAUGACAUUUCAAAUUUUAUUGCUCAUUCUCUAGACAGUCAGCAUCAUAAAGAAGACAAGACUGUCCUCGUUUAUCUGUACCACGUUAUUGAGAGGGUAUCCACUUUGCCAAUUCGAAGCUCGCCCUCCUUCGUUACUGUCUAAUCA